AUGAGUCGCACGGGAUUUGACAAAUACAUUACAGUUUUUAGCCCCGAGGGGUCUCUAUACCAGGUGGAGUACGCCUUUAAGGCCGUCACGUACGCGGGCCUGCUCACGGUAGCAAUACGUUGCAAGGAUGCCGUUUUGGUCUUUACGCAGCACAAUGUGCCGGACCGACUGAUGCGCCCCGAUACCAUUACUUCUCUCCACAACAUCAAUAAAGACAUCGGGACGUGCAUCACGGGACGGGCUCCAGACGGGAAGUCGUUGGUGCAAAAGGCCCGUCAGGAAGCAUCUGAAUACAAGUACCGCUACGGUUCCCCGAUUCCCGUUAGCGUGCUCGCCAAGCGUGUGGCGGAUAUGGCGCAGGUGAGGACGCAGCACGCUGGGUUGCGGCUGAUGGGAGUUGUCAUGACAUUUCUUGGGAUGGAGCAGAAUGACGCGGAUGGUUCGUGGGUUCCGCAAAUUUACUGCGUAGAUCCGGCAGGGUGGUGCGGCAGUUACCACGCAUGUGCCAUUGGCAAAAAACAGAUUGAGGCGAAUGCAUUCCUGGAGAAGAAGCAGAAAAAUGCUCCGUUUCAAACACUCUCUCAAAAGGAUGCCGCCAUGAUCGCUCUCGCAGCCCUUCAGAGUGCCCUUGGUGCCUCUCUAAAGGCGACCGAUGUGGAGGUGGGACGUUGCAGCGUGGAGGAUCACUGUUUUCGUCGGGUCCCCGAUGAAGAUGUGGAGGAAUGGCUGACUGCACUUGCAGAGGCAGACUGA